AACCACCGCCACACACAACAAAAAGCCUUUGUCGUCGUGUUCAGUGACGAGCAGAAUAUUGCUGAUAGAGCUACAGAUUCGAAGAAGUUGAGUAGCUAUGGCAUCCUGGUUGUUCGCCUGUCUCCUGACACUGGUUACUGUGGUGGUUCUCCCUGUCCCGGGAGUCAGGGCCGAAGUGUUCACGGCCCUGGUCCACAUGGAGGGACUCGUCUCUCUGGAGAAGGAGCUACUGGGCGGACUGGAGUCCUACCUGGAGCUGGAGAGACAGAGGUUGGUACGUAUGGAGCAGUUUGCAGGUCGAGUGAGGUUGGCUCUCACGUCAGCCAGCCAGGACCCCAGCACCCAUCUCUCUGACCCUGUCAAUGCCUACCAACUGGUCAACAGGUUCAUCAAUGGCUGGAACACUCUCUACGAUGACAUAUAUGAGGACAAUGGACAAGGUCUGAUGGCCAACAUCUCCUACUACAACUUCCGGUUCCCUGACACAGAGGACUUCACAGGAGCAGUGACGGCCAUCCUGAGACUCCAGGACACCUACCGACUCUCUCCCUCCCUCAUCACCAGUGGCAAACUCGGCACCACCACCACCUUACCCAUGACAUCUGAGGACAGCUACGAGAUGGGCCGCAUUGCCUAUGGCGCUGAGGACUACCAGCACACCAGAGACUGGAUGAAGGAAACCUUAAGGCUGUUUGAUGAGGAGGGUGACUCAUCGACUGUAGACCUCAGUGGCGUGUAUGACCACCUGUCGUUUGCAGAGUACAAGUUGGGGAACCUCAAGAGAGCAGCUCACUACACCAGACUACUGCUGCAGAAUGACCCCACCCACACUCGUGCCCAGGGGAACAUUGCCUACUUUGAGCGGCUCAUCCGCUCCGAGCCCGAGAAGUACGUUAACGAGGUUGACGAGAGGGGCGAGGAGGAAGGCGAGGUGUCACCAGAUGCUAGGGAAAGCAUGUCGGAGAAGGAGAGAUACGAGAGUCUGUGUCGGGAGCCUUGGCCACUGCCAAAGGAGUAUGACUCGGAGCUGACCUGUUUCUACUAUGACAACCACAGGACCCCAAGUCUGGUCAUCAGACCUAUGAAAGUGGAGGUUGUCUUCCCACAAACCUCGUAUAUUCAUACUGCGUGGGAUAUUGACAGAGCCAGAGAUGAAACAACUGAAGGAGUUGGCUGGACCAAUACUAAGGAGAGCUACUGCUAGAAAUCACGCCAGCGGCAAGUUUGAGCCUGCAAACUAUAGGAUUAGCAAGAGUUGAACCGUGCCACUGUACAUGAUCGAGAGGGUAACCUAAUUCAUGCCACUUACCGGAUCAGUAAGAGGUACACAUCUUUACCAUCUAGCGAGAGGUGUAGUUUGGCAUGUUGUUAUGGCUCAGUCACUCUAGUAUUAUAGAUACACAGAAUGAUUAUGUGUCCUUUUUUGUCUACCUUUUCGCAUUAUACUGUGAUUAGAUCCUUUUCCCUCCUCACUCAAAAA